CAUAACCAGGAGCACAGGAGACCAGGAGCACAGGAGACCAGGAGCACAGGAGACCAGAGAGAGGGGGGGAGAGAACAUCAUUGCUGCAGGAGGAUUUAAUUUUCUAUACCAGGUUCUGCACAUGGAAGUAAUAUCCAGCCUCUUAUAAUAAGAAGCCCAAGUUUUCCCAGAAGAAAUAAAAAAAAAAAAAGCACUUGACUCAGUUACAAGACAUCAUCGCUGAGAGCAGCCCCCAUUCUGGAGAACUUUUGGUGGUGGAGGUGGACAUCAUCAGCAUCAGCAUCAGCUAAAAAGACCAUGCUGUGUGAUCUACCCCAAAUCCUCCCCAUCUAGAGAACCUCAGGUCAUGACCUUUCUGAUAGAUUUUUUCCACCCCUGGCAACCUGAAGAAGGGUUAAAAAGUCCAAGUCGUGGCCACCAGGAAGAGGAGAAGAACUUUGUGAGAACUUGAAGAAGUCCAUGAGAUCAGGAACAGGAGGAAAAUACAUUUGUUUCUUCUCUUUGUUUGUUUUGGAUUCUCUUUUUUGUUUUGUUUACAAAUAGAUCGUUUUGUUUUGAUACAUUUGAAAACAAAAACAAACGGUUAUAAAUAAGUAAAUUAAAAAAAUAAAAACAAAGGGAAAGGAACUGACGGGCUCUUAUGGGAAUUAAGCACUCCUCCCGCUGCUUGCUUCUUAGGAGGAAGAUGGCUGAAGCAGAGAAUGUGGAGGUCUGUGGUGGACCUUCCCAACCUGUUCAGCCAGUGGUACUUCCGAAGCCUGUACAGCUUGUUCAACAUGUGAUACACACCCCUAUUCAACCUAGCUGCCCCGGGAGGGGCAAAAUGGCCAAAUUGCUAAAUCCAGAAGAGAUGACCUCAAGAGAUUACUACUUUGAUUCCUACGCUCACUUUGGAAUUCAUGAGGAAAUGCUGAAAGAUGAGGUGCGCACAUUGACUUAUAGAAACUCCAUGUAUCACAAUAAACACGUGUUUAAGGAUAAAAUAGUCCUGGAUGUCGGUAGUGGUACUGGAAUCCUCUCCAUGUUCGCAGCAAAGGCCGGAGCAAAGAAAGUGUACGGGAUCGAGUGCUCCAGCGUCUCUGACUAUUCGGAAAAAAUUAUUAAGGCCAACCAUCUGGACAACAUAAUUACAAUAUUUAGGGGCAAAGUUGAAGAGGUGGAGUUACCGGUAGAUAAAGUGGACAUUAUCAUCACCGAGUGGAUGGGAUAUUGCCUCUUCUAUGAAUCCAUGCUGAACACAGUCAUCUUUGCACGGGAUAAAUGGCUUAAACCUGGAGGGCUCAUGUUUCCUGACCGAGCGGCUUUGUACGUCGUUGCAAUCGAAGACAGACAAUACAAGGACUUCAAGAUUCACUGGUGGGAAAAUGUGUACGGGUUUGACAUGACCUGCAUCAGGGAUGUUGCCAUGAGGGAACCGCUGGUGGACAUUGUAGAUCCAAAGCAAGUGGUGACCAAUUCCUGUUUGAUAAAGGAAAUCGAUAUAUACACCGUGAAGAUUGAAGAAUUAUCCUUUACAUCCGCCUUCUGCCUACAGGUGCAACGGAAUGACUACAUCCACGCGCUGGUCACCUACUUCAACAUCGAGUUUACUAAGUGCCACAAGAAAACGGGAUUUUCUACAGCUCCAGAUGCUCCAUAUACUCACUGGAAACAAACCGUCUUCUACUUGGAGGACUACCUAACUGUACGGAGAGGAGAAGAACUUUUUGGAACUAUUUCUAUGAAACCUAAUGCUAACAACAUUCGCGAUCUGGAUUUCACAGUAGAAUUGGAUUUCAAAGGCCAGCUGUGUGAAGCCUCGAUAUCUCACGAUUAUAAGAUGCGUUAGCACCCGAGUCCAAUCCCAUUAACCCUCUUCCUGCCAUACUUGAAGCCACCGGUACUUCUGAAGAAAGAAAUCGGUCACUGGAAAGUCAGAUCAGCUUCAGGACGAGAGGAGACGAAUAAAAACAUAAAGAUAAAAAUAAUUUUAAAAAAAUUAAAGAAUUCUUCAUGUUGUUGGAAAGUAACAAAUAAAUGAAAUGAGCAAAUAUUAUGUGUAUAUCGGUCAAUUGUCGGUCCUCGAUGGGAAUGUCUGAUAUUGAGAUUGAUGCCUGUACUAUGCCAAUAAAGUUAUGUAUACU